AUAAUCAUCCAUUAGGAAACAAGAAAUUACAGGAAGCAAAAUGAUGUUGCGUUUUUGUGCCACAAAUGGUUACAAGAGGGAAAGAGCAGCUUUGAGGCGGCUGCGGGAAAAACAAGGGCCGUAGACAACAAUGGAAACAGCACAGAGAGUUAGAACGAGCAUUUCCUGAUGUGGGAAAGAAAAAAAUAGUACAGAGAAUUGGAAUGAGCACGUAUUGAUAGGAGAAAUUAAACGCAUUUAUUCCGUGGGCUCGAUGAUGUGUGCUCGAGGCUCUCCCCCUCCUGCUGGCAGAGUAACAGGGCCCGCAGAGCUGCAGGUGCUCCUGAUGCUGCUUCCAGAGAGGGAGUCGGGUCCUGCACAGUGACCGCGGGGUAUGUGGGGUGUGCUCUGAAGGGAGAGCCCCGAUAACGAUGUGGGGAGCGUCACAGCGCAGGGGGAUGGGAAGCCACCCGCAGCAGCGCCCGCCUCAGUCAGGCUGACUCAGAUGUCCACCAAAGCGGAUGAAAAUGAAAACACAGCUGAGGGACGGAGUCCCAGGUACUGAUCGCAAUGAUGAGCGAAAUCUGCCCCCGUGUCAGCCCCUUUGCUGAGGGGCUCAGUGCUUCAGUGGCACGGCAGCAGGGAUGGAUCACCGUAUGCGGGUACCCCAGUGCAGCGCUCUGAGGCCUUCUCCUCCCGGGGUAGGAGAAGUCCUUCGGGGGAUGUCAGGUUGCCCCUCACCUCACUGCAUCAGGCACUUCUUGAAGUUAUUUUAAUUAUUUUUAAUGGGUCAAAGGCUUGGGGACAAAGGAGCUAAUUUCUAAUCCAUAUUCAGUGCUCUCUAUGAGCCUGUGUUACUUCCUCCUCUCUGAAACCAAAUUGCGACGAAAAUAAUGACCCCAGCGCCUGGGUUUUGGCUCAGAUUAAGAGAAGACCCUUUAAAGAACAAUAAUUCGUUGCUCCGGGGGUGCAGCUUCCCACGGUGUGGAUUUUAUUUAGAAGGAAAAACAAAAGUUUCUGUCUCUCGAGGUCUGCCCAGGUCCAGGACUCGGGGUUUAUCGGCUCUUUUUUAACUCACCCGUCGCCUCUCCGGGGAGAAACUCCGCCCGGGGCAGCGGCAGCCUUUCCCCUCCGCGCCGCCGUGACUUGGGGCGAUUCGGUGGCGGAAAUUGUGGAAAAAACGCGCUUUUUCGCCUCUUAAGAAACACAAAACGAGCAGGGAGAAGGGAGCUCUGCGCCGUGCGGCGGGGCGGGCUCUGCAGCGCACCAAUCACCGCGCGGCUCCGCUCUAUAAAUACGAGGCCGCCGACUUGCUCCAGGCCCAGUGGUUCCCCCUGUUCUGCGGACGACGGCCGCGACCAUGUCGGAGACCGCGCCCGUUGCCGCGCCCGCAGUGUCUGCGCCCGGCGCCAAGGCCGCCGCCAAGAAGCCGAAGAAGGCGGCGGGCGGCGCCAAAGCCCGCAAGCCCGCGGGCCCCAGCGUCACCGAGCUGAUCACCAAGGCCGUGUCUGCCUCCAAGGAGCGCAAGGGGCUCUCCCUCGCCGCGCUCAAGAAGGCGCUGGCCGCCGGCGGCUACGACGUAGAGAAGAACAACAGCCGCAUCAAGCUGGGGCUCAAGAGUCUCGUCAACAAGGGCACCCUGGUGCAGACCAAGGGCACCGGCGCCUCCGGCUCUUUCAAGCUGAAUAAAAAGCCAGGUGAGACCAAAGAGAAGACAACAAAGAAAAAGCCCGCGGCCAAGCCCAAGAAACCGGCGGCCAAGAAGCCCGCCAGUGCUGCCAAGAAGCCCAAGAAGGCGGCAGCAGUGAAGAAGAGCCCCAAGAAAGCCAAGAAGCCGGCGGCAGCUGCCACUAAGAAGGCAGCCAAGAGCCCCAAGAAGGCUGCCAAGGCUGGCCGCCCCAAGAAGCCCGCUAAGAGCCCAGCCAAAGCGAAGGCGGUGAAGCCCAAAGCUGCCAAGCCCAAGGCGACCAAACCCAAGGCAGCCAAGGCAAAGAAGACGGCAGCCAAAAAGAAGUAAGACGACAGAAGAAAUUGGAGUCUGCUCAUUUAAAUAAACCCAAAGGCUCUUUUAAGAGCCACCCACUUAA